AGAGAGAGAGAGAGAGAGAGAGAGAGAGAGAGAGAGAGAGAGAGAGAGAGAGAGAGAGAGAGAGGCAAGAGAAGAGGAGAAGGACGGAUGCAAGGCGAGGCCAGGAGCAGGAAACCUUAUCUCUCUCUCUGCUCGUCCAGCUGCCCCCUUUUUUUUAAACCUCAGCUUCAUUUUAUAACACGAUCCCUGCCUUCUCUUCCUUUCUCUUUUUUAUUUUUGUAUUUUUAAAGCUGCAUUUGCGUCCUGAUGUGCUGCUGCGCCUCAUCACGAUUCCUCAAGGAUAUGCAAAGCGGCUGUUAUCACGUCGACGGUAUUUUCCAUGAAAUGCAAGGAUGUAAUUGAGCGACGUCGGAGGCGCAUAUGAUCAACGAUGACAACCGAACUGUAGGGAUCGACGGGAGCGUUACGGGCAGAGGAGGGUCUGUGCGUAAAAUCUGCGUCUAAUUAUUGUUUUCGCCCAGCGAUCGCGCUAUUUUCCUCCCUCCCUCCAUCCGUCCAUCGGGAGCUGCAGAAGGCCGAUCGCCCCGCAUCCUCUCUGGGCAUGAAAACCCGUGGGAAUUAUGAUACCAACGUGACGCGCAGUCACACAGCACUCAGCGGGGAAGACGACGCGCCUCGGCCGGACGGAGGGAGGGUGUGAGGUCCAGCAGAGCGGAGCCCCGCACCGUGCGCCCAUCACAGGAGGAGGAGGACGCCCAGUUGUUGUUGGACACAUCGCGCUAAUGACUGCUCUAUAGCCCAGCAGGCUCUCCUAACACGGCCGGUGGUGUGACGUGCUAACUUUUCCUGCCCGGCAUGGCUGCGUCUCUAUGGUUCCUGGGGGUGUGUGCGCUCAGCCUGGCUCACGUCGCCCCCUCCAGCCAAGCUAUGUCCCGGGCUGCAAUGCCGUUUGGGCUGCUGCGCAGGGAGCUGGCAUGCGAGGGUUAUCCCAUAGAGCUCCGCUGCCCUGGAAGUGACGUGGUGAUGGUGGAAACUGCCAACUAUGGACGCACCGACGACAAGAUCUGUGACGCAGACCCCUUCCAAAUGGAGAACACACAGUGUUACCUCCCCGAUGCAUUAAAGAUUAUGGCCCAGAGGUGUAACAACAGGACUCAGUGUGUCGUGGUCGCAGGGGUCGACGUGUUCCCAGACCCUUGCCCUGGAACAUACAAGUACCUGGAGAUCCAGUAUGAGUGUGUCCCUUACAAAGUGGACCAAAAAGUUUUCGUGUGUCCUGGCUCGCUGCUCAGCAUCCAGCCGGCCUCCUCCCUCCUGGAGGCAGAGCAUCAGUCUGGUGCGUGGUGUAAGGACCCGCUGCAGGCCGGUGACAGGCUAUACGUCAUGCCAUGGACGCCAUAUAGGACAGAGGUGCUGUAUGAGUACGCCUCCUGGGACGACUACCGCCAAAACAGAAUCACCACCACCUACAAGUUGCCUAGCCGGGUGGACGGUACAGGCUUUGUGGUUUAUGAUGGCGCUGUGUUUUACAACAAGGAGCGAACGCGCAAUCUGGUCAAGUAUGACCUGCGGACCCGCAUCAAAAGCGGCGAGGCAGUGGUGGUUAAUGCCAACUACCACGACACCUCACCUUACCGCUGGGGAGGGAAGUCAGACAUCGAUCUGGCGGUGGACGAGAACGGCCUUUGGGUGAUCUACUCUACUGAAGCCAAUAAUGGACGCAUCGUGGUCAGCCAGGUGAACCCAUACACCCUGCGGUUUGAGGGUACAUGGGCCACCGGCUUUGACAAACGCGGGGCGAGCAACGCCUUCAUGGCAUGUGGCGUGCUCUAUGCCGUACGCUCCGUCUUCCAGGACGAUGAAGGGCAGGCAGAGGGCCGGGCUGGCAGCGACAUGGUGAUUUACGCCUACGACACCAGCCGUGGACAGGAGCUGCCCGUUCAGAUACCGUUCCCCAACCCUUAUCAGUACAUCUCCUCCAUAGACUACAACCCCAGAGACAACCAGCUGUACGUGUGGAACAACUAUUAUGUACUGAGAUACCCGCUACAGUUCACUCCGCCGCCGCCCACUAAAGGUUUGCAGAACAAGUGCAGAUGUGUAAUGGAACACACGGUAAAUCCAGAGAAUGAACUGUGUUUUCUUCCCCCACCCCCAGGUCCCCUCUCCUCUCUGAUGACGACCGUACGCUCCUACACGGCUACUGUUGCUCUGACUCCAGUGCGACCGUCGGCCUCCCACCCAAUUGGCGUCAUCAAUCGAGGGCCCUUUGACCAGCGGCCCAUCACAGCCAUGGUCCCUCUGACCCCACGCCCUCCACUGCGUAUCCCCUUGGCUCCUGGGGGCCCCGGCCAGGUGGGCGGAUGUGAGGGCCGGGUGGCACGAGGGGUGCAGUGGCCCCCUACCCUGAAGGGAGAGACGGUGGAGAGGCCGUGCCCUAAAGGUUCACUUGGUAUAGCCUCCUAUCAGUGCAUGUUAUCUCCAGUGGGCUGGAGCUCCAGAGGGCCUGACCUUUCCAACUGUACCUCUCCCUGGGUCAGCCAAAUUGCACAGAAGAUUAAGAGCGGAGAGAACGCAGCCAACAUCGCCGGGGAGUUGGUCAACCUAACCAGGGGGCGGAUCUAUGCCGGUGAUGUCAGCAUGUCCGUCAGGCUAAUUGAACAGUUAUUGGACAUCCUGGACUCCCAGCUUCAGGCCCUGAGACCAGCCAAUAAAGAGUCUGCAGCGCGCAAUUACAACAAGCUGCAGAAGAGGGAACGCACCUGCAGAGCUUACGUUCAGGCUGUCGUUCAGACAGUUGAUAACCUGUUGGGUCCCGAGGCUCUCGUGUCCUGGGCUGACAUGAGCAAUGUAGACCAAUCACGCUCCGCAUCACUGCUGUUAGACGCAGUCGAGAAAGGAGCAUUUCUAUUGGCCAACAACCUCUACGAAGGCCGUUUCAGUGACAGAGCACCAAAUGUUGAUCUGGAGGUGUAUGUGCUAAACACAGAGGCGGACAUACAGGACCUGACGUUCCCUCACUCCUACGACAGCGACAGCAUCUUGCAGAUAUCAGCUCUGGCGCUGCAGCAGUACAGCAACAAUGGCCAGGUGAAGCUGGUCCUCUCUCUCUAUAAGAACUUGGGCUCCUUCCUGACAACCCAGAAUUCCACUCUGCGACUCGGCCUGGGGCUGGGCCAGGGCUCAGAGGUCAGGCGUAAGAGCCUGGUGGUCAACUCCCAUGUGAUCUCUGCCUCUGUGCACAGAGGAUCCAACAGAGUGUACCUCUCUGAGCCCGUGAUCUUCACCCUCAGGCACCUGCAGCUGGAGAACCACUUUGGCCCCAACUGCUCCUUCUGGAAUGCAACAGGGUUUUCUGGGAGCGGCAGGUGGGCGACGCAGGGCUGCCGCCUGCUGCACACCAACAACACACACACUACCUGCGCCUGCAACCACCUGUCCAGCUAUGCUGUCCUCAUGACUUAUCAGCAACCUGCUUUCGGGGUCGGCGUAGAAGAGCUUCUGGUCUAUGUGGUGUCUUGGGUUGGCAUCUCGGUAGCACUGGUGUGUUUGGCCACCUGCCUUACAACCCUGUGCUGCCAGGGGGCACCCUGGCACACAGACCACAGCACCAUCCACUGCAACUUGUGGGCCAACCUGCUCAUCACUGAACUGCUCUUCCUUGUUGGCGCCAACAAGACACAGUACACAGUGGUGUGCUCCAUCAUUGCUGGCUUGCUGCACUUCUCGCUGCUCUCAGUGUUUUGCUGGUUGUGUCUGGAGGGGGUGGAACUUUACCUGCUGCAGCGGGAGGUGUUUGAGGGUCGCAACUCCAGGAGGAAGUAUUUCUACCUGUGUGGCUACUCCAUUCCUGGGCUGGUGGUGGCCGUGUCUGCAGCCAUAGACUUCAGAGGCUACGGCUCAAAGACGGCAUGUUGGCUACGAACAGACAACUACUUCAUCUGGAGUUUCCUUGGACCUGGUGCUGUCAUCAUCAUGUUGAACCUUGUUAUCUUGGUGAUGACCUUACAUAAGAUGCACAGCACUGCAGCCCUGAAGCCAGACUCCAGUCGCCAUGACAACCUGAGGGCGUGGGCAGUGGGCUCCCUGACGCUGCUCUUCCUGCAGAGCGUCACCUGGUCCUCAGGCCUGAUGUUCCUGUCUGCUCCAUCUCUCCUCCUGGCUUAUCUCUUCUCCUCCCUCAACACCGCCCAGGGCCUCCUCAUCACCAUACUGCACUGCAGCCUUGCCAGGAAGGGCCAGAAGGACUAUGGCCGAUGCCUGCGUCUCUCGCAGUGUUGUGCAACCUCCUCUUCCAGUUCUCCGGACUCGGUGAAGGGUUCUGCCCUCCGGUCCAACAGCCGCUACACGAGCAGCCAGAGUCGGAGAGCCACUGCAAACAGACAGAGUCGCAUCAGGAGGAUGUGGAACGACACCGUUCGCCGGCAGACCGAAUCGUCUUUCAUCGCUGCCGAUGUGAACAACACUCCCACUCUCAACCGAGCUGCUUUGGGAAACCACUUCCUCACUAAUCCAGUGCUGCAGACUCAUGCUGGAGCCUCUCCCUAUGACACAAUGCUGGCCCAGGGAUACAAUCAACCUUUCUCCUCCACAGCAGUAGGAACCUUCAGAAACAAGCAGAAGGGUGUCGUGUCCCAAAGUCAGGAGUCCUGUGGGUUGGACAGUGUGUGCCUCAACGGAGGCUACACCCCCAACACCUUCACCCUGCACGGUCUGGGGACUACACCUGGGUCCCGAGCUGGAGUGGUGGGCAGCACUGACCUCCUGAGGGAGGGAGGAGUAGGCAUCGGAGGGGAUGACAUCUCACCAGCCCUACUCACCCCCCACGGAGCCACAGAUCUGGGCGGCAGUGCUGGAAUGCGCCGGAACCUGUCUGACGCUGCUGCACUGGAGAAGAUGAUCAUCUCAGAGCUGGUGCAGAGCAACCUGAGGCCCUCGGUCCCCAUGCCGGUUCCUCCCGAGCGCUACGGCAGCCUGGCGAGGCCUCAUCACCACGAUAGGGCGGCCCUGAUGCACACCGCCACACUGACUCGACACCCACAGCCGCCCCAGGAGGGCUGGGCUGCCACCAUGCAGCCAAACACACACCACAAUGCACAAGAUGGCUGGGCGCAUACAAGGCACCACACGCAAGAAGGCGAGACACAUUCUACAACACGGGGGCAAGAUCAUGCCACAACGCCACGCUUACAAGAUGGCUGGUCGCAUGCAUAUACUUCUGGAGAUUCGGAGUCCCGUGAGCUGCUUAAAGACGGGGACAGGUCGCAGCUGCAAGGCACUCUGGGACGCCGAGGGCUCCAAGACAGGCAGCAAGCACGUCCCCCUGAUGUUCAGGCUCGGCCUUACUCCACACUCAGCCGCACCCCUGGUACUCUGUCCCGCCACCGUGGCACGGUGGAGUCAAGUGGAGGGAUGGACAGAGAGAGAGAAAGGGACAGAGACUGGGAUCGAUACAGGGACAGGCCCCUUCCGCCUCCUCCUCCCCCUCCCCCACAGGAGUCUGAGCCCCUGUACAAGGCUCUGGAAGAGCCGCUGCUGUUGAAACAGAGGGAGGCAGGUGUGGAUGCUUGGCGAGGCCAGAACAAGGACGAGACAUUUCACUUAAAAAGGGACGGAUUGAUUGAGGAAUGGAGGGCUGAGCGAGGAAGGGAUGAUUGUUUUACCUCUCAGAAGAGAGACGGAGAGAUUGAUGAAUGGAGAGGUGGAAUGGAAAGAGGGAGGGAUGAACCUCAUCUGUUGGAGAAGCGAGAUGGAAGAUUGGAGGUGUGGCGAGGAGGAGCUGAGGCGGAGCAGGAAGAGACUUUCAUAACCCAGAAGAAAGAAUUCGGGAUUGAGGCAUGGAGAGGUGGGAUGGAGAGAGAGAAGGAAGAAACCUUGUUUUUAAAAGACAGAGACGGAUGGAGGGCAGGGGUUGAACGAGAGAGUGAGAAACAAAAGGAUAGAGCACUGGACGUGUGGAGAGGAGGGAUGGAUGUAGACAGGGAGGAAUCCUUCCUGUUUGAGAGCAAAGAUGGCGGUUUAGACGGGAGGAAACGAGGGAAAGAUAGAGGGUCUCUUCGGUAUCAUGGCGAGCGGGAGGAUUCAGAGAGCUUUGCUCUGCCUUUGACCCCUGAUCUUGACCUUGAUCCUGACUCCUCACCAAUCUACGCCAGAGAUUCGAACCCCUCCCCGCUCUACCCGGGGGACCGAAGCUCGCCGCCAAUCAGCAUCUUCCCCCGAAGCUCUCCCCCGACAAAUAUUUUCACUCAACGAGACAACAACUCACCUCCCAACAACCUGUACUCCCGACACUCCCCCCAGGUGUACAGCCGAAGCAGCUCCCCUCCUCGCUUCUACACCCGCACCUCCCCUCCGACGCUCUCGUACCCCGACAGCAGUCCUGAAGGUCCGGAGGAGGUCAGCCCUGCCGGCCAGUCCCAGCGGCCCGCCCUGGAAUUGCCCUAUAGCCUGGGGCGGCCCCCGCUGGGGCCGCGGCCCAAUCACCUGCAGACCUUCUACCAGCCGCCACCGCUGCCAUCCAAUGGAGACGCAGCGUACACGGCAGAGCCCAACUCUGAGGGAGACGACGGACAGAUGCAGCGGGUGACGAGCCUGUGACUAGGGCGGUGGUGAUCGGGGCAUAGAAACCAAGGAGGAGAAGGAAGAAGGCGCUAAUAACAACAACAAAUGAUGAUUAUGAUGAUCGAACUGAUGGAAAUGAUGAUGCGUAUGAUGAUGAAGAGGAUACCAAAAAGGCAUGAAGAAGGUACCAACGAUGAUAAUGACAGCGAUGGCUCCUCCCUGCUUCUAUCUUCCGAUCACCACGAGAUUCCCCCCUCUCCAUGUUUUGUUACUUUUCUAUGACUGUGAUCCAUUUCUAACUCUUCCUCCUCCUCUUCCUCUCCCUGUCCUCUCCUUCCUGAAACCCUGCUGUGUCUUCCUGCCUCAUCAGUGCUUAUCCUUAUUGGCCCAUAGUCUAAGUUUCUAUCGAUUCAUCGGCUGGGUGUCGCCCCCUCCCUGUAGCAAGCAAACAGUGUGUCAAAGAAGCACUUGUGUGUUGCCAAAAAAUCCUUUCAAAGAACAUGUGCAUGACUUUAUAGUGGCUUUACGAGGCUACAUACCGUAGGAGGAAAGUGCUGAAGUGCGUGUGUGAGCAUAUGUGCAAGUGUGUGUGUGUCUUGCUUGUUGAGCAUGCGUGUGUGAAAGGGCGCGCGUGUGUGUAUGAGCGUGUGUGUAUAUAUACAUCAUUCUUGUAUAAUUAAUGUAUCACAGUGAAGCAUUUUAUCAAUAUCAACUGGGGGGCUUCUUACACACAAACCCCUGCUACUGAGUUUGAACUCUUGACCAAUCCCAUUUCACAACAACACCAAAAUCUCCGCCCCCCAACACCUCCUCCUCCAACCUCCACCUGCCAGGUGAUGGGACUUGUUGCUGUGGAGUUUGUCAUAGCAACAGAACUCUUGACUCCAGAGCCAGAGAUCAUAUAAAAACCUCAGAACUUUUCUGCAACCCCUGAGAUCCUUGUACAUAUCGACCUCAAGUGUUCUGAUUGUCUUGUAUUGCUAUUGAAGUUCAAGUAAACAUGUGAAAUAAA